AUGGCGAGCGUUAGUUACCUUCACUCACCGUCGUCUUUUCAAAACCAUUACGAGACAGUACGGGACAGGUUAGUGCUCCAGGCAAGACAACAUGGGGACAGGGAGGUGUACGUCUUUAUCAGCCCUGACGGUGAACGUGUCGCUAUUUCUGCUGAGGAGUUGAACGCACGAUCUCUGGCUUUGGCUCGGUCAUUGGUCAAACUUGGAGUAAGGAAAGGGGAUGUUGUUGCUGCCUGCUUACCGAAUGAUCUCGACUGCCUGAUCAGUAUUUUCGGGGUUAUCUGUGCCGGCGCAAUAAUUGCGAACAUUAUGGUACAUCAAAAAGAUGGACGCGACGUAAAAGAGACUCUGAAGAAACUGGGAGCGAAGGUACUGGUUUUAAAUCCAGGGGAAGGGGAAAUAAUUCUGAAGAGCUGUAUGAACCUCAUCAGUGAAGUUAGUGAUGCUGGAAAAGUAACGAGCGAUGUUCCUAGCUUACAAUAUCUGAUUUCCACGCACCAUGCGGAGAACUUGUCCUUGCCAUUGCUAGGGAACUUCAUCGAUCAGAACAAUGAGGACGUGCAACUGCCGUAUCUAGACGCCGAAGACACGAUCGCUUUCUUCCCUACUUCUGGUUCUACCGGGGAGUCUAAGUACGUCCCACAGUCCCACCACACAGCCAUGCUCCUCGGUCAGCAGCUUAAGGAAGCCAUUGGAUAUGAGGACGGGGACUGUAUAUAUAACGAGCGCCGCAUGUCCUGGAUCGGGGGUUUCCCGUACUCAUACCUCCAUGACGGCGUCAAGACUGUGACUAAGACCUUGGCGUUCUCCAAUAUGGUACAACACUGUGAAGUUAUAUAUGAAGUGAUGAUUAGGGAGCAGUGUAACGUUGGCGGCCUUCAGCCAGCAACGAUAGUUGGACUCAUCGACAUUGCCAAAGCGGAAGACACCCCCCGCCUUCAACUAAAGAACGUCCACACAGGCAGUCUCCCUAUAGCGGCUGUAUGUAUGGAUGCCAUCGGCCUAUUCACCAAGGCCGUCACAAACACGUACGGGUCGUCUGAAUGCGGAUUCUGCUCUUCAAUUCACGUCUGUAACAAAGCCGACUUCAUCAACCACUGCGCAGGAACGCCACACAGUGGUGUGGAAAUAAAAGUUAUAGAUGACAGUUGUAAGGUCUUACCGAGGGGACAAGUGGGUUCGAUCUACAUCCGGUCACCGUCUCUUUUUUUGCAUUACUAUGGCGACCCAGAGAAAACCCGGGCUGUAUUGGACAUCCAACACUGGUUUGACACCGACGAUAUCGGGUAUGUAACAUCAGAUGGCAAGCUUGUGGUCAACGGCCGCAAGUCCGAAAUAAUACUGCAAGCCGGGAAUUACAUUGUCCCUUCUACAUUAGAGGCGUUUAUAAAAAACCACCCGGAUGUGCUUGACGUCAUCGUUGUGUCCAUUCCCGAUGACACAAUAUUCGUUAUUGCUUGCGCAUGCGUACUUCCAAAGCCAGGUAGAACGCUGACGGCUAAGGACAUCGACGACUUCUACAAGGACAACUACGUCACACCGGUUAUUGAGGCUUAUAGUACGGAGGGGCCGCAAUUGAUCGAGAUAGUGACCGACUAUCCGAGAACGUACACUGGUAAACCGAACAAGCGGGAGUUACAGAGAAUCAUGAGACAAAAACAUGGACGUUGA